UUAUUUGAGUUAAACAAGAUGGCGGCUCCCAUAGAGUUGUUUUGCUGGAAAGGGAGUUGGGGUUUACCUUCUGUUGAUACUGACAGUCUGAUUGUGUUGGCAUAUGCUCGAUUUGCUGGAACCCCACUGAAAGUUCACAAGAUCUCCAACCCCUGGAGGAGUCCCACAGGUUCACUCCCUGCUCUGAAGACCAAAGAGGAUGGGAGCUUCUCUCAACCCAGCAAGAUUAUCAUCCAGCUCAGGAAACAGAAAUACAAUGCAGACUACGACCUUUCUGCGAAAGAAGGGGCCGACGCACUCGCUUUCAUCUCUCUGUUGGAAGAAAAGCUGAUGCCUGCUCUGAUUUAUGCUCUGUGGGUUGACCCUAAGAACUAUGCUGAGGUGACACGUCGCUGGUAUGCAGAGAACAUCUCCUUUCCACUGAACUUUUUCCUGCCGAGCCGCAUGCAGGGCCAGCAGCUGGAGAGAGUGAGACUCAUGUGGGGAAACAGCACUCUGGAGGCCGGCGAGGAGGCUGAAAAAGAGCUAUAUGCCGAUGCUCUGGAGUGCAUGAAUCUUCUCUCUCAGCGCCUCGGCUCAAACAGAUUUUUCUUCGGGGACUCGCCCUCCUCCCUUGAUGCCUAUGUGUUUGGUCAUUUGGCACCUCUACUAAAGAUCAGGCUGCCCAGCAGCAGACUACAGCAGCAACUGAAGGCUCUGGACAACCUGACCAAAUUCUGCUCUAACAUUCUCUCCCUCUACUUCCCUGAUGAGAGUCAAGAAGGAAGGAGUCAGCCGACAUCCCGUGUGCAGGAAGGGAGUGACUUUGACCACGAGCCUUACAAGAGACACAAGCAGCUGCUGUCUGUCCUUGUAGCUGUAGCAGCCAUGCUGGGUUACGCUCUUCUCAGCGGCAUUGUUGCUAUUGAGCAUGUGAAGGAGGAGAGGUCAACAGGAAACUCCUCUAUUGAACCUCCGGAUGAAGAAGAGGCAUGAUGAAGAGAGGAGUGGGAAAUAUAUAAGGACGCUAUUUAUCUGGUGGAUAGAAAUUUUCACUGGAGAUUCUUACUGUGAGGAAGAUUAAGAGUACCAUGUGUCUAAUCAGAGAACUUUAAAAAGCGCAUAUAUGACAAUCAUUUAUUUUUCUGUUUUUUUUUUUUUUUUUUUUUAUUUCAUCCUGUGGUCCUUUAAACUAUUCUAGUUUCUACUAGAUUCUACUAUUAGUAACAUUUAGCUUUUCAUUGUACUUUAUCUGAAAUGUACUAUGACAGGUUCUAGGAUCUGGCUCAAAAUUGAUAAUCGGAAAUUGCCCAUACUAAAAGUCUAAUUUCUGUGUGGGUUGUAGACUUGGUGAUAAAUACAGUGUUUUUUUAUUGACAUAUUGGUUUUACUUAGUAAAUGUUUGUUCAAAUUCCACUGAUGGACCAAUUAAUGUAUCUCAGCUUGAUAAGCAGUCUCUGCUCAUAGCACUUAGAUGACAUCUUGUUCGCUUGCUGCCUUGUUCACUAAGACACACAUUCCUGCUGACCUUUGCAAUUUUCAGACAAGUAAUGAUGUUCAGGGGACAUUAGUGCUUAAGUAACUGAUUAAUGUAUUAUAUUUGUUUUACUUAAUAUUUUUAUGUUGUAUUUGUAUGGCUUUUAAAACACACUGGUAGUAACAUUUGAAAGAGGAGCUUUAAUAAAGUGUUAUUUACCUGGU